AUGAAAAGAAAGCAACAACAGCAGCCACAGCAAUAUCAACAACCAUUUAGUACUGCUACUGCCAAUGAAAAUCCAUUUCAACAAGCUUCCAACGAAACUCCAGACAGUAUCAAUGUUAUCACCCCCAACGAUAUCAUAAAUGAAUACCAACAACCAGAUCAAGAACCACAACAAUACUAUCCCCAACAACAACAACAACAACAAGACCCAUAUCAACAGGAAACCCAAUUCCAACAACAGCAACAAGGAGUGUAUACCAACUAUAAUCAAUCCGAUGUUACCCUCAAUGACAAAAACGCAGAUUACAAUAGAGUAGCGCUGCAACUUGUUGAAGAAGAGAAUGAACAGAGAAAAAAAUCUGUCAAAUAUCCAAACUUGGAAAAUUAUCAAAUAUUAGACCAAAUGGGUGAAGGUGCUUUUUCCGUUGUUUAUAAAGCCAAACACUUGUCGACUGGCAAAGAAGUUGCCGUCAAGAUUUUGCGCAAGUUUCAAAUGGACCAAGCUCAGAAACAGGCCGUACUAAAAGAAGUCACUAUUAUGAGGCAGUUGGACCACCCAAAUAUUGUUAGAUUUAUUGAAUUUAUAGACUCCCCAACAUACUAUUAUAUUGUCCAAGAAUUAGUUCCUGGUGGUGAAAUCUUCACUAUGAUUGUGAAGUAUACUUAUCUUUCUGAAGAUUUAUCACGUUGGGUGAUUACUCAAAUUGCUCAUGCAAUAAGAUAUUUACAUGAAGAGGUUGGUAUUGUCCACCGUGACAUUAAGCCAGAAAAUUUAUUGUAUGUACCUAUUGACUUGAAGCCAAGUGCCAAUCCUAUAUCGAAAUUGAGAAAAUCCGAUGACCCAAACACUAAAUUAGAUGAAGGUGAGUUUGUGAAUGGGGUUGGAGGUGGUGGAAUUGGGACAGUUAAAUUAGCAGAUUUUGGAUUAUCGAAACAAAUAUGGGAACAUAACACCAAAACACCCUGUGGUACAGUUGGGUAUACUGCUCCAGAAAUUGUUCGUGAUGAGCGCUAUUCAAAAGAAGUUGACAUGUGGGCGUUAGGAUGUGUAUUGUAUACAUUGUUAUGUGGAUUUCCACCGUUUUACGAUGAAAGAAUCGAAACAUUGACUGAAAAAGUUGCCAAAGGUGAAUUUACAUUUUUGAAACCAUGGUGGGACGAAAUAAGUGACGGAGCCAAGAAUUGUGUUGGUAGGUUGUUGACUGUGGACCCAAAAAAGAGGUACACAAUUGACGAGUUUUUGCAAGACCCUUGGAUGCAAAAAACUUCUCUUAGUCAGCAACCACAGAUUCCAAUACCUGUUACUAACCAAUACCCACCAGCUACAAAAGUUGCUCAUCCUAUACAAGUUGCCAAUAAUAGAUACUCCAAGAAGUUUAGAUCUACCAAUUCUGAUUUAUAUUCUCCUGCAGCUGUUGCUUUGCGUGAUGCCUUUGAUAUAUCUACAGCUGUUCACCGUAUGGGUGAAGAAGCUGCUUUGCAAACUAAAAAGCAAGCCCCAAUUGAAGGUUUGAUUGAAGAAGAAGAAGAAGAGCACGAAGAAACAGUUACUAAGGAUGGCAGAGUUGUACAGGAUACCUACAACCAAGUCCUAAGAACUCAUCGUCAUAGACAUCAUUUGAAAAAUAACAACAAUCCAAACGCUUUUGAUUUGAAUCUUGGAGGUGCAUCGAUAAUAGAACGGAGAAAGAACAAACAGAUUCCUAUUCAAAGCAGCUAG